AUGAUCAAGACGCGCUUACAAGUCGUGGCCAUCUUAUCCGAACAACCCCGCGAUCCUCCUUCCCAACAAUCUAGAAUGAGCUAUGAAGGAUUCCCCGAUUUUACUCUACAAACCACGCUCACAGCCUCCAAAGUCAAACAAACCAAAUUGGAUCCCUUUAUCCUCGAGGUCAUCUUGACGGAUGCCUUGGCCAUUGACGUUACUUCCGUCACAGGACCCACCACGGGAAGAACGUUGGUCAGUCUGGUCAUGAGGCAUCCCAACACUCACGGAGAACCAGUGACGGUGACGAAUAUUGCCUUGCAUCCGGGACAUUCCCGUUUGGAGCUACCGGCUCCCCCCGGAGCACCCCCGCAAGGGAUGUAUACCCCAACCCACACCGUGGCGGAUAUGAGUAAAUGUGUCCAGUGGGGAUAUGCGCCUCAGACACAGCCCAAAUUGCCCUUGACGUUGUAUCCGCAAGGAGCCUUUGCGACCAUCCUGACCAUUGAUGCCAUGGAACACAUGAGAAGUCGUACCUUCAAGAGUCCCAUCAGUGUCACGUCGGUGGUGGGACAUCCCACCAAGGCAGAAGAGGAAGGUGCCGAAACGGCGGCCAGCAUGAAUCCCACGACCAUCUCCUCGGCAGAUGCGCAAUGGACGACCGGACGAUUGGCCCAGGAACCUUCCGAUGCCUUUCGAAUUGAUAUGCAAUUGCAAAACAAGGACUUUUAUGUGGGCGAGCCAUUCACCAUCUUUUUGCGGGUCAAGAAUCUCAGUGCCGAAGCCCGCGACAUGAUGUUGCUAGUUGCCAAGGACAGUGAUAAGCAGGCCAGCUCCACCGGGACAAUGACAACCACUUCGUCGUCCUCCACAUCGGCGGUCCUGGCGCAGCCCACGACGAACAAUUUAAAUGUCAGUAGCCAUCACGCGGGAGCAGGAUCGAACCGGGAUUCUAUCCCAUACGUACAACAGCAGCAGCAGUCGCAACGUUCCAGCGUGCCCAAUACAGCCGUCGUGAGCGAAGUGAAUGGGUACACCUUUGGAGUCUGGGGAUUGAUUGCCGAUGCCGACAAUCCCGUCUUUCGACUGGACCGCGAUCAGGACUUGUUAGCGAUUGAUGCUGCCUUGCUGUUGGGUGAAAUCAAGGGACAUCAUUCGGUAGAGGCGCAAUUGCGGUUCAAUCCUUUGCGGGAGGGGACGUUGGACGUGCCCAAUAUGCAACUCUUUGACAAGCGGAAUCGAAAGUGGUACUAUUGCAAUCAUAAGCUGAACAUUGUGGCUCGACAAAAACGAACGACUCAAGAGAGCAAAGAAGAUGAGAAGGAAGAAAAGGAAGACUAG